AUGGCCCGCUGCCGCCACCAUUCGGGCUACCUGGCGGACGAUGAGGCCGGCCACCCUACCUACGUGGCCCGGGUGCAGCCGUCUAAGAAGUCACUGUUCUCCAAAAUGGGCCACGCCUCCAAGCCGGGCCACAGGCCACACCCGCCUUCCUCGCAUGACCCCUCAGGUAGUUCAGGCCGCCACAGAAACUCUAAGGGCCUUCGACCCUUUACAAGCUUCCUGGAUUUCCUCGUCGAGGGUCAGGUGCUGGAAAGCCUGCAGACGGUGGUGGAGGAGGCAACGGAGCGCAUGGCCACCGCGAAGACCGAGGCGGGGGUGCCGCUGGUGGAAGUGCAGGACCCCGCGGAGGAGCCGAGGGGCGGGCGCCGCGGGCGGGUCCGGCCCAGUCUCAGCACCCUGCGCCGGCACCGCGCCCGGCCCGGUCUCUGCGUGGGGCACCCCAACAAUUACCCCUCCCGCUCCAGCUCCAUGUCCGACUCCCGCAGCAGCUGCACGGCCGCCGACUGGCCGGGGUGCCACAGCCGGGACAGCGACCCGGGCGCCCGGGGCCUGGGCCGACUGCCGCCCGUGACGGACCACCUCCUGCUGGAGAAGAGCCUCAGACGGCUGGUGCAGCUGGAGAGCCGAGGGAGAGGCCUGGGGCAGGCCUCCUCCCACGGGGCCUCACUGGACAGCCAGAGCAGCAGCCAGUGGACCGUGGAGCAGCCCCUGUCGUGGUUCUCAGGCCCGCUGGGCUCGAGCUGGGACACGCAAGAGUCGUCAGAGCGGGGGCCCACGGAGCGCGAGCUGGGCCUCCUCAGGCGGCAGCUGAACAAGGAGAUGAGAUCCCUGCUGAGCCAGCCGGCGUCGUUUGAGCUGCCCGGCUACUCUGCGCUCCGCGAGCCCCAUCGGACCCUGGACUUCCUGGCCGAGCACCACCUCUUCCCCGCCCUGCAGAACGUGGUCAACCGGGCCGCGGAGAAGCUCAGCGGCGCCCGCCGCCGCGACGGCGGCCCGCUCUUCCCGUCGGAAUGGGAGACGGCCCGGGAGUCCGGCUCCAAGAUGGCCACGCCCGCGGACGGGGAGGAGCUCUACGAGUCGCCGCCCAGCACGGCCUCCAGCCCCCGGACCGAGCGGAGGAGGAACAAGUGCCAGGGUCGCGGCGAGGCCCAGGGAGGGGGCGCUCCCGUGCCUAGCCCCCCGGUGGCCGCCAGGUUCCGGCUUGAGAGCCCCGGCUACAAGUUCAGCAAGAAGUCGCUGCCCUCCAUCCUGUCCAAGUCCAGCACCAUGUCCCAGCUUUCCGAUCCCUGGCACGAGGAACUCGUCGACUACCUGAAGGAUCAGGCCGUGUCCCUGCUCAUCCACAAGUACAGCUUUGAGAAGAACCUCACUGACCAGCUGGGCUUCAUCUCCUUCCCAGUCACUGAGGCACUCAUGGACCUCUUCCUGGGCUUCAAGAAGGUGAAGGGCUCACGAAUCCGCCUGUCCUCCACGGUAGACUGGCACUGCCUGCUGCACAGGCUGCAGGAGGGCAAGUCCAGCCAGCACUCAUCCCGGCUGUCGUUCCGGCCCCUCUCCCGACUGACCUCCCAGCACAGCACCCCCCGGAAAGGCACGGGGAACCCCACCAUGCCCUCCGAGGUCUCCGUCAGGGGCCGCAGGAUCCGGGACAAGCCCAUAGGGUCCUCCCGCCUUGACAGGAGGCCCCAGGGCUCCCGGCCACACCCCCCGCAGGAGCGCUCCAGGUCCCCGGAGGCCAAGCGGUUCCUGUCCCGCACCAACGCCAGCGUGGCCUCCCAUCCAUCCAAGCAGAUAGUGGAUAUGGAGGACCAGCAGAGCAUUGAGGAGGAAGACAAAGAGGAGGAGCAGGAGGAGGAGGAGGAAGACUUCUUUGGAGAUGAGGACCAGCCCCAGAGCUCCCAGGAGCCUCCAGGGGAGGCUACAAUCAGCUCCCCCGUGGAAGGCUCCAGGGCAGGCCCCAGUGACCCCCCGUGA